AUGGAUAUAUGUAGCAAAGAAAGGAAGUUCAUCUGGUACCACUCAAAUGGGAAUCAAAUGAGUAGAAUUGAUAAAUUCUUAUUGUCUGAAGGAUGGCUUUCAAAAUGGUGCGACACUAAACAGUGGGGAUUAACCAGAACAGUAUCAGACCAUUGUCCAAUAAUGCUGAAAGUCAAUAAAAUGAAUUGGGGACCCAAGCCAUUCAAGUUCUUUGAUGCUUGGCUCGAUGACCAAGGGUGUAGAGAGUUGAUUUCGGAGGUCUGGAACAAUGAAAAAACCCAAGGGUGGGCAGGAUUCAAGCUAAAAGAAAAGCUGAAGGCAACUAAAAAUGCCCUACGGGAAUGGAGUAGAAAUUUUGUUGAACAAGUGGAUGCCAAAAUAAACUCUUCUAGAGUGGUGAUUGAACAACUUGAUUUGAAGGGUGAACAAGGCCAGCUCACGGAAGAGGAAAUUAACAAAAGAAAGGAGGCACUCCUAGAUAUAUGGAAAAAUAUGAAUACCAAAGAGAGAAUGGCACAACAGAAGUCAAGGAAAACUUGGUUGGUUAAUGGGGAUGCAAACACCAAGUUCUUCCACAAUUGUGUCAAAGGCAAAUGGAGAAUCACAAAAAUGAAUAGCAUACAAAUCAAAGACUCUCAACUGGUUGAGCCUACCAUAAUGAAAGAGGAAAUUGCAAAUUUCUUUGAAAACAUGUUCAAAGAGGAGAACUGCGAAAGACCAAAACUGGAGGGCAUCAGUUUUCAGCAGAUAACAGAGCAAGAAAAUGCAUCACUUGUAGCUCCAUUUUCAGAAGAUGAGAUCAAAGCAGCAGUAUGGGAUUGUGAAUGCUCAAAAGCACUGGGUCCAGACGGGUUUAAUUUCAGAUUUUUUAGAAGGGAGUGGGAGACAAUCAAAGGAGAUGUGAUAGGAUUCAUAAAGGAGUUUCAAGAAAAAGGAAAGCUGGUCAGAGGGCUGAAUUCCUCAUUUAUUGUCUUGGUGCCAAAAGUGAAUAAUCCACAAAGGAUAGAAGAAUACAGGCCCAUAUCCCUUAUUGGUGAUGUGUACAAGAUCCUUGGCAAACUAUUAGCCAAUCGACUAAAAAAAGUACUCGAUCAAGUGAUUGGCAAGCAGCAAAUGGCAUUCAUAAGUGGAAGACAACUAAUGGAUGGGGUUGUGAUAGAAAAUGAGGUAGUAGACGAAGCGAAGAAGAAGAAAAGGAAGAGCUUCCUAUUUAAGAUUGAUUUCGAGAAGGCUUAUGACAAAGUGUGUUGGAAGUUCCUUGAUUGUAUGAUGCAGAAGCUGGGGUUCUGCGCUACUUGGAGAAGGUGGAUCAUGGAGUGCUUGAGAACUAGCCAAGUUUCAGUGUUGGUGAAUGGCAGCCCUACUAGACAGGGAGAUCCCCUAUCUCCUUUUCUGUUCUUGAUUGUUGUAGAGGGAUUAAAUGGGAUGAUUACCACGGCUGUGCAGAAGGGACUACUGGAGGGUGUGGAGGUAGGAUCCAAAGGAUUCAAGGUAUCGCACCUACAAUUUGCAGACGAUACAAUACUUUUUGGCUCUGCAACGAAGCAAAAUGUCUGGGCAAUGAAAGGCAUUAUGAGAUCAUUUGAGCUUGUUUCGGGCUUGAAGGUUAAUUUCAAAAAAAGUCAACUCAUGGGUAUUGCGGUGAAUGAGGAGUGGCUUGACAAAAUGGCAUGGGUGUUAUGCUGCAGAAAAGGUAAUUUCCCAUUUAAAUACCUUGGAGUCCCUAUUGGUGGAAGUCAUAGAAAGCUGCAUUUUUGGAAGCCAUUGGUGGAUGUUUUCUCAAAAAAACUGUCUGCAUGGAAAGGCCGAUUCUUAUCUCUUGGUGGAAAGAUAACUCUUCUUAACUCAGUGCUGUCUAGCUUGCCCGUAUUCUGGAUGUCGAUGUACUGGAUCCCAUCAGGGAAAGACAAUAAGAUUUCGCAAAUGGGAGAUUGGUGCAGUGACAAAUGGAAGUGGGACAUAAAAUGGAGAAGGGAAUUAUACAGCUGGGAAGAGCAACAAGUCGUUGAACUCUACAAAGAUAUCCAAGAUGCCCCGAUGGAAAAAGGAAAAAGUGAUCUGCGAUUAUGGACCCAUAGCAAAGAUGGGAAAUAUUCUACAAGAUCAGCUUACAAAAUACUCACGAUGGAGCCAGACGGAGAGCAACGACACUCAGUUCUCAAAAGGACUUGGAACCCAAUUGUGCCAAGCAAGAUUGCAGCAUUCUCAUGGAAAUUAAUCCAAGAUAAGAUACCAACAAGAGGAAACUUGCUAAGAAGGGGCGUCAUUCAGGACCCUGCAGAAAAUUGCUGGGGAGUGUUUGAGCAACAUAGCUUCUUACUCAAAAUAGAGGCGGUGAAAGAAGGCUGGGAAUGCAUUUGGUUCGCUAUGGUGUGGACAAUUUGGUUGGCUAGGAACGAGAAAAUAUUCACAGGGAAAGCAUAGAAGGAAGGAAGGUUAUUUGAGUUAAUCCAACUACGUGCCUUCCACUGGUUAAAAGGCAGACGGGGAGGUUGUUUUUUUUCCUUCUCCGAUUGGAUAUUAAACCCGAUUGAAUGUAUGAGGGUGAAUUGCAGAAAGAAAAAAAGAUGACAGUGGCAUAAAAUUGAAGAGUUAUU